AUGCCCUUUGAGGCCCAGCUCCCCAACAAGGUGCAGACCUCUCCGCAGACACUACCGGUCAAGCCUCCGGUUACGGAGGAGUCCCUGCGGGGCAUGCUGGCCGAACUUCGCCGCAACAUAGCGGCCGAUAUAGGACAGUUCAGGGAGGAGGUGAACGGGUUUGCGGCUCGUCUCCACAACUCAGAACGCACAACAGAAGCACACGAGACCCGCAUCGCGACCCUGGAGCAGUCGUUGACCAAACUGCAACACUCCCAAACACGGUCCGAGGAACACAUGGCAGCUCUCGAGGACAAGCGGAGAUGGAAGAAUGUCAAGGUCCGCGGCCUACCUGAUACCAUGGAGAUGGCAGAGUUCCCACACUUCAUCCGCAGGCUGCUUACAAAGCUUUUCUCCGCCAAACAAGCCAAGGCUAUGACACUAGCUGGAUGGCACCGUAUAACGGGACCCGCUACAGGAAUACAACGGCCAACUAGAGACAUAAUCCUCCGGUUCCAACAGGGGCAAGACCGCACAGCCUUUAUGGCGGCAGUCCGCCACAUAACACCGUUACGAUUUGAGGAUCACGAUCUCACCUUCUAUCCGGACUUAUCUAAGGCCACCAUGGAAUGGCGAAGAUCCCUGCGUCCACUCACUCAGGCGCUAGCGGCAAGCAAAACACCAUACAAAUGGAGUUCACCUCGCUGCCUACUCAUUACCCGGGAAACGGGAAUAGUGAAAGUCCGGGAGGCCUCUGAAAUACCGAGCAUCCUGCUACAAAUGGGAGUGACCGCGACAGCCGCUGAGACCGCGACCCAAGCGGCACCGACACUCUGGGACCCAGAGAGGGUCACACCAUUCAUACCAGCGGCCCACAGAGGGAAUCCUGCAUCUAAGCCGGGGCGCUGA